CUGCAGCGGCAGCCGCAGCCGCAGCCCUUCCUUGUUCUCCGUCCGCACAGCCAUGGCCAAGUGGGGCCAGGGAGACCCGCGCUGGAUCGUGGAGGAGCGGGAAGACGGCACCAAUGUGAACAACUGGCACUGGACAGAGCGAGAUGCCACCACAUGGUCCAAAGGGAAGCUCCAGGAGCUCCUGGUGGGCAUUGCUGUGGAGAACGAAGCAGGCUGCUGUGAGAUCAGUGAGCUGAAGCAGGUGGAAGGUGAGGCUUCCUGCAGUAGCCGCAAAGGAAAGCUGAUUUUCUUCUAUGAGUGGAACAUCAGACUGGGCUGGAAAGGUAUCAUUAAAGAAUCUGGUGUGAAGCACAAGGGAUUGAUUGAAAUACCCAAUCUUUCUGAAGAAAAUGAAGUAGAUGACACUGAGGUGAACGUGAGUAAAAAGAAAGGAGAUGGGGAUAUUCUGAAGGAUCUUAUGAAAACUGCAGGCACCGCCAAGGUCAGGGAGGCCCUUGGAGAUUACCUGAAGGCACUUAAGACGGAAUUUACAAUGGGAAUGAUUUUACCAACAAAAGCUAUGGCAACCCAAGAAUUGACUGUUAAAAGGAAACUAAUUGAGACUACUUCUCAGGUUCAGGCCUCAUCUCCAGUAGCACUGGGUGUAAGGAUUCCCACUGUGGCUCUGCACAUGAUGGAACUGUUUGACACAACUGUGGAGCAGCUAUACAGUAUCUUCACUGUGCAAGAUUUGGUGCAAAAAUUUUCUAAAUCUUCUGCUGUAUUAGAACUGGAAAAGGGAGGGAAAUUCCAGAUGUUUGAUGGAAACAUCACUGGUGAAUAUAUGGAGUUGUUAACAAAUAAAAAGAUUGUCAUGAAAUGGAGAUGUCGGAACUGGCCAGAAGAACACUAUGCAACAGUUGUACUGAAUUUUGUGCCUACUCUAGGGCAGACGGAAUUACAAUUGGACUGUAAAGGAGUUCCUGUCUGUAAAGAAGAAAACAUGAAAUUCUGUUGGCAGAAGCAGCAUUUUGAAGAAAUAAAAGGUUUAUUACAGCUGACCACCCUACGUGGUUGAAUUAGUUGGGUUUUGUAAGGGCAUUACUUUUUG